AAAUCGCAAGGGUUCUGCGUUUGAGGUUGCUUUCACCUGGAACAAUCUUGAAUCCUCUUCGAAGUCGCGCUGCUGCUUCCUUCUUCAUUUCAUUUCCCACAUUUGAAAUUCAAAAAAAAAAAAAAACUUUUUGUAGAGAUAAACUUCAAGAGGAAAAAAAAGAAACAAAUCGCAGAUUUCGUUGGUUUACGCUUCACGGUUAACAUAUUUUAUUCAGGAAAAGAAAUGGUGUCAGGUUCGGCAUUAAGCGCGGCAGCCAAACAAGCGGAGCAAUUGAGGAAAGAUGGCAACAUUUAUUUCAAGAAAGAUCGUUUUGGGGCAGCCAUCGAUGCUUAUACUGAGGCGAUUACGUUAUGCCCCAAUGUUCCUGUAUAUUGGACGAAUCGCGCUCUUUGCCAUCGCAGACGGAAUGAAUGGUUGAAAGUGGAAGAGGAUUGCCGGCGAGCUAUUCAGCUUGACUACAGUUCUGUCAAGGCACACUACAUGUUGGGACUUGCCUUACUUCAGAAGCAAGAAUUAGAUGAAGGGGUUAAGGAACUGCAAAAGGCUUUGGAUCUUGGAAGGGGUGCAAAUCCAAAGGGUUAUAUGGUAGAUGAGAUUUGGCAGGAGCUUGCAAAAGCAAAGUACAUGCUAUGGGAGCAUGCAUCUUCCAAGCGUUCAUGGGAAUUGCAAAGUUUGAAGGAGGCUUGUGAAACUGCUCUUAGAGAAAAACAUUUUCUUGAUGAUUCUCAACCAGAAGGUUUCUUAGAUGAGGCUGGUAUUUCUCAUAUGAAACAACUGGAGGUUCUGAGGCAAGUGUUUAGGAAAGCUGGUGAAGCUGACAUCCCUUGUGAGUUUCAGGUGCCGGAUUACUUGUGCUGUAAAAUCACACUUGAUAUCUUCUGUGAUCCUGUCAUUACUCCAAGUGGAGUUACGUAUGAGAGAGCAGUGAUCCUUGACCAUCUUCAGAAGGUUGGUAAAUUUGAUCCAAUCACGCGCGAACCGCUUGAUCAAUCCCAACUUGUACCGAACUUGGCAAUAAAGGAAGCAGUCCAAGCAUACUUGGAUAAACAUGGUUGGGCUUACAAAUUGGACUAAAUGGUCGAAUGUUGUGGUAAGUUUGCUGAUUUAGUCGCACAAAGUGAAGUUAUUGGUCAGAGUCUGCAUAUCUGUUUGGUAUACAUCAGUCAUGUUUGGUUUAAGCUGUUUUUCUGUAGGGUUGAGUGUAUAAUGACAUGCCAUUUAUUGGUGCAUGUGGAGGACCUGUAAUCCGUUGAAUUGUACAGUUAUUUUCAUAACAAUUAACCUUGUACAUAUUUAUCAAAAUUAAUUCAUGCUAUAAUCGAGCUUCCAUAAUA